AUGGCUUUCCGCUUACCGCCUCUCAUCGCCGAAAUAUUGGAAUUGGGCGACUCUAGACCUUUAAUUGGUCGCACCCUCCAACACCAGCAGGUUGGCGUGACAGCUGGGUCGCUCGAUGAACUGGAGAGCGGCAAGCGUGAAUUUGAGCGCAAUGGCAAGCGACGAACCUUAAUCCGUAACCGACAGGCAGAUUGGCCUGGCCAUUUCCAGUCCGACUGUCAGGUUGACGGCGCGCAUCAUGAUGACCCUGACCAGGCCUGA